UAUCAAGCGCAUACGUUUUACGUCAUCAGCCCUGGCCACACAUCAGGAGAAAACAUUUUCACCGCUAUGUUCAAGAUAAGCCAGUUGAUUUCUGCACCUUGUACCUUAAGCUUGCUUGCUGUACACGUAUAUGCUGAUUCUGCUGAGAAUAAAUCAUCCAAAAAGAACCUAUUAAAAGUUGAUGAGCUUUCACUCUAUACCAGUCCAUCAUUAAAAUCAAAGUAUGUGGAAGAUCCAGAAUCACAACUGGAAGAAACUAUUUCUCAUCUGCGGCAUUCUUUGGCACCAUAUGCAGCUUGGGUUCAGGACUGUACUGGGAAAGCUAUGCCUAAGUUAGAAAAGGCCUGUGAAUAUGUUAAAGAGAGUUAUGAAAUCAUCAAAGCUCCACCUCCAGGACUUUAUCCAAGGCUUGGUGUUAUAGGUUUUGCUGGUAUUGUUGGAUUGUUCUUGGCAAGAGGUUCUAAAAUUAAAAGAUUGGUGUAUCCAAUAAGCUUUAUGGGGAUUGGUAUUGCUGUCUACUAUCCACAGCAAACAGUUGCUCUUGCCAAGGUAACUGGCCUUCGCCUAUAUGACUGGAGUUUACAAGCAUAUAUAAACCUAGAAUCGCUUUGGAAAGAUAGUUCAAAAAAGAAAAAGUCUGCAAAAGCAAAUAACAAGUCCAAUGCAGAAAGUGAAAAAGAAUUGAAAGUACAAGAAGAAAGAGCAGUAAAAUAAAAUACUCCAUUACUACUUGUUGAACAGAAUCUAUGAAGAUUGAACAUGGUUUGCCACUGUCUUUGCUUUGGAAAGAUUGACUUGAAAACUGUCGAAUAAGAAAUACUAUGAUUGUGUUCUGCCAACUUUGGAGUUAUGGUCAAAGUUCUGCAUCAUUACCUAAGACCUAAGUCUCUCUCUGAAUUCCUGACCAAUACUUGCAAAGAAAUAUGUUUAAUUAAAUUUAAUGAGAUGUAAUGUUUAAGAUUAGGCUGCAAAUUAAUGUCAAAACUUCUUAGUCCCUUGUCACUGUUUAUAGGCUUAAUUAAAAUGAAUAUUGAACAAACAUUGAUUUCUUUGUUUUUCUUCUAUUAAUUACAUUGUGCUAUCUUAUUAGCAUUUGUAUAGAAAGUUAAGAGAAAAUGAAUAACAUUUUUGAUAAGUAACAAAGCUAACUUGUCAAAGUUGGUGGGGUAAAAAAAAACAAAAAUACAAUAGGUUGUCUAAAUUUUCUCUUUCCUCUGCAAAUUAAAUUCUUCUGGAUAACAGAAGUCAAUGGGUAGUAUAUAAUGGAGCAUCUGUGAGCUUGCUUCUGUAGACUGAGGAGAACAAAACUCUCCUUUAAGCAUUUUUUUCCUUGCUUGAAUGCACAAUUGAGUAUAGAUUAGAAUGUUCAACUGCUAGAAAUUAAUUAUAGCGUAACUAAUAAUUUAUUCUUGGGCAUCAAUAAAGAAAAAUUAUGCAAUAUAGAAAUCCAAAUAUCCAACCCUAGAUUUAGGAUGACAGAUAAAAUUUGAAGUGCUUACAGCUAUUUGCAUGAAGUGUCUCUGAUGGGGGAAAAAAGGUUAGCACAAUCAUAAAAUAAGUUUUCAAUUUCAGUGUCAAAUAUAAACAUUUAUAAAUGAAUUGAAACAAGCAGGCAAAAUAAACACUGAGAAUUUACAUACAGUAAGGAUAUUAACAUAUUAACACUCAAACCAGAGACAUUUUCUUUUAAGACAUUUCAUUUUCAAAUAUUGUACAAUAUCU